AUGCAACUUUAAAAUUCUAAUCAUUGGUUUUAUUUAUUUUCGUGUCUGCGUUUUUAUAAAAACUAAAAACAUUAGUCUUUCUUUCGAAGUUAAUAUAUUUAAUUAGCUUGAUGAGUUAAUAUUGAUAAUUAUGGCUAAAGAAAGCGACGUGUCGCUUUUUAACGAUGUGCUAGAGCCGUUUCGGCGCGUUAUUAAUACAGAUCCCCCAAAAGAUAGGUUGUCGGUUUCGGCAAAGUUAAAUUUCUCAGAAAGUAAUGAUCAAUCUAUAAAAGAAGGUAUAACUAACCUGUCCAAUUUGGGCAAACGCAAAUUUAGUUAUGGUGAAAUAGCAGAGACACCUGGUAAGAGAACACGAUCAGAUUCAACUAGUAGUGUAGCUCCUUCGCCCUGGGAAGCAAAAAGAUUGAAAAUUGACCUAAUUGGUGCCAAGGCGCAAAUAACAAAAUUAGAAGCUCGCAUCAACCAUCAACAUGCUAUUCGUAAAGAAAUGCAAAUCUUAUUUGAAGAGGAAAAGGCCUCCCUUAUUGAGCAACAUAAAAGAGAUGAAAGAACAAUUUCGGACUUAGAUGACAGACUCCAGAUAAUUAGGAAACGAGAGCAAGACUUACGUGAAGAGUUUACCGAGUCUAUGAAAGAAUUCAAAGACACUAAAGCUAAAUGGGAGAAAGAUAGAAUGGAGCUACAAAAGCAAGUUGCUGAGUUAAAAGACCAAUUAUUACAAGCUAAUGUUAGUUGCAAAGAUCAAGUAUCAGAAAUGCAAAAGGAUAUGAAUGAAUUAUUAGCGGCUUUGGAAGAUGCACAAGAAGAAAGUCAGCUUCUAAAGGGGGAAGUUGAAAAACUUAAAACUAAGGCAGAUCAAUGUACAAGUCUCCGAGCACAACUCGAAAAGCAAACAUUUGAAUUACAACAAGUCACUAACAAGUUGAAGGAAAUUGAAUAUGAGAGAGACUCGUUUAAAGAUUGGCAACAGCAAGCUAAGACGGCCCAAAAACGCCUAUCAAAUAUGGCUGAUUUAGAGAAGGAAGUGGGCAGGCUCCGGGCAACGGAACGCACUCUUCGUGAUGCAGUGUGCAAUAAACUGUUGUUGGAGGAACAAGUACAUAUUCUCAGUAGUAAGGUUGACGCUCUUCAACCAACGCAACAGGAAUUGCAUGAAGCUAAGGUAAAAAUCUCAACCUUAGAAUCCUCAUUGGAGGAAUGGCGUAGCGCUGCAAGAGGCCACGGCGUGGAAUCCGCAAGGGCGCUGUCUUCUGCACUCGAUAAUGCCCUAAGUGGUCAACUGACUGCCGUAGCUGGUGCCACCCAGGCUGAAUCGCAGAUGGUACAACUAACCGAGGAAUUGGCAACAGUUAAGUUUGAACGUGACAAGGCGACUACCAAGUUGAGUGAUCUACAAAACGUAAAGAAAAAUCAGGAGAGUCUCAUUCAUAGACUACAGAAGAGACUCCUUAUUGUUACCCGCGAAAGGGAUAGCUAUAGACAGCAGCUUGACAGCUACGAGAAGGAAUUGACAGUGACAUUGAGUGGUGACGUGGGGGCUGGUAGUGCUGCCUUACUCUCGGCAAGGGUGGAACAGCUCGAGAGAUCAUUGCAGAGCUAUAGGGAUCUUCUUGCCACACACGAUCAAGAGUCACAAACGAAAGCAUUGGAGACCGCCAGAGCGGAAGCAAGCAAAUACCGAGAGGAAGCGGAAACGGCCAAGCGCGAAGCAAGCAAACUGCGCGCGCAAAGAGAUCAAUUACAUGCGCAUCUUGACAAACUCACUGCACCCACUAAGGUGUUACACAUGGCAGAGAAUCCGGCGGCGAUGGCUCAGAAACAAAUGCAAUCGGAGCUUGAAUCUGCUCAAGAAGAGAUAAAGAAGUUGAAGACAGCCCUGCGUGAGGGCAGUCGGGCCUGUCCGGAAGAGGUGCAAGAAUUAAAAAAGAACCUUGAAAAUAGCAGGAUUAAAUUGCAAAGGAUGAAAGAGGAGUUCACCGCGUCCGCGCAAGAGUACAGAGAUGUCUGUUACAUGUUGCUAGGAUACAAGAUUGAUAGGACUGGACAUAAAAAUUACAGAAUAUCAAAUAUGUACGCGGAUUCGGCUGAGGAGUACCUCACCUUCACCCUCUGUGAGGACGGCAUAGAGAUGGUGCAUACAGACUAUUCGACAUCUCUAGGCGAUUUAGUAGAGUUGCAUUUACACCAACACCGCUCCAUUCCAGUAUUCCUUAGCGCAUUGACUAUGGAAUUGUUUACGAGAACUACUAUGCAGCAGGAAAUUGUAUGAAUUAGAUUUAACAACUUUUGUCUAUGGUUUUACUACGGACUAUGGUCUGUUACUAUCAAUGAGUUUGACAAAGUUUUAAUGUACAUGUUGCGUCAAAUCAUUUAUAGAAAAUCUCAUUUACCGUCAUAAACUUUUACACUUAUUUCUACAAUUGACUGCCGACUAUUUCAUCUGUCAACGGUCUUGACGUUUUAAAUAUUUUUAUGUUCUGUGCUCUGUACUAGUAAAAUUCGACUGCUAUUGACUGUGGUUCUAGUCCAAAAUCCUUGAAUUUCCGAGUAAACACUUUUUGACGUUUUAAUACUUUAUCAAACUAACAAUUAAGGGGGUUGAGGCAAAAUCACUUUUCGACAGGCGUGACCCAGUAGAAGAAUUUGUAUGAAAAUCAUGUGGUCACGUGGCAAAUCGUGAGCUAAUUCCAUUCCUACAAUUACUGUGUGAUUAGUGAGUCACGCAUAUCUUAAACUAAUUUUGUCUCGAUCCCAGGGUCUUUCAACACGAUUUCAAUUUUCGUUAUUAUUAUCAAAUGUUAGUCAAUGCAAUGCCAGUUGACAGCUCGUGUUGAUGUUUCAACAUAGAGUCCGCGCCACCAAAGAAGUCCCGUAGUUCUCUUUAAUAAAGUGUAUUCAAAUCACCCUAAAUAAAUGUUUUCCGUAAAACUCUGGACAUCUUGAUUGCUGAAUUUGGAGGGGACACCACUAAGUUGGCAACACUGCAAACAAUAACAUGGCCGACUUGUCAAAUUUAGUUCUUUUUUUUAUCGCGGGGCGUUGUUGGCGCGGAUUCUAGUUUACUAGGCAAAUGACUUUGAACGUAUGCUAUUUAGGUAUAAUAUAUUGCUAAUGGUCUUAGUUUAAGAGAAAAAAUAGUUAAUAAUAUUUGUAUUUCCAUAUUUGUGAAUGUAUAAUAUUCUUCUAUAAUUCCCGAAUACACAAAAGCCAAUAACAGUUUUGACAAUAAUUUCCAUAAAAAAUAUAUAAAUAUAAUUGCAAUUCUUCUCUUUUUGUCACAGGCUAAAUAUUAUUUGAUUGAAAUACAUAAAUAUGCUUUAGUUAAAACGAUACAAUCAGCUUUAUAUCAAUAUGUGAGCAGACAAUUGGUUUCUUCUGAAAACUCAGUUCUUGUUGUACGAGCGUUGAGUGUAGAUUAGAUUAGAUUAUUUUCUGUAUUUUUUAAUUGACUUAACUAUUAAAUUAUUUGUAAGCGA